ACUGGGGAUCCAAUUUCUCUCUCUCUCUCUCUCUCUCUCUCUCUCAUGAAACGUUGAACUGAUAAAACUGAAAGAAAACUGGGAGAGAAGGAAACACGAAUGGCUUUUCUGGCGCCAACCCUGUCUUCUCCGAUUCUAAUCCUCCACUCCAAAUACAAACCCAUCCUCAUUCACCACACCUCUCUCUCUCCUCCUCCUCUUUCUGGUAGACACGCCGCCCCUCUCUUCGCUCUCCCAAAGCAGCUUGAACCCCCACUUCCUCCUCCUCCUCCUCCUUCUCCCGUUGGGGUAGCCCAGGUCGACCAAUCCCCCAAUACCACUACCACCCACCACAACGACGACAACAACAACCAAAAAAGCGACUUCUAUGUCAAUCUGGGUCUUGCUGUACGGACGCUUCGCGAAGACAUGCCUUUACUCUUUACCAAAGACCUCAACUACAACAUUUACAGGGAUGACAUCACGUUUACAGACCCAUUGAACAAGUUCGCCGGCAUUGAGAAUUACAAAUUGAUCUUCUGGGCACUUCGGUUUCACGGCCGAAUUCUGUUCAGAGAAAUCGGAGUUGACGUACUUAGGAUUUGGCAGCCUUCUGAGAAUGUCAUAUUGAUUAGGUGGAACUUGAGGGGUAUUCCUAGGGUCCCCUGGGAGGCAAAGGGCCAGUUCCAGGGCACCUCCCGCUACAAAUUGGAUCGAAAUGGCAAAAUUUAUGAGCACAAGGUUGACAAUUUGGCAUUCAAUUUUCCUCAACAACUGAAGCCGGCGGUGUCGGUUCUUGACUUGGUUUCUGCUUGUCCAGCCAGUCCAAAUCCCACAUUCUUUUUGGGUCCUGUGGAUCUCAACUCUUACUCAUCUUCGUGGGUAGAGUUGUAUCGGGCGGUUAGGGAGGCUUUGGAUCGUGAAAAUCACUUGACUCUACAUGAUCACUUAGUUCCUUGUUCAUAGUUAGUCUAGCAGGUAUACGAUAUAUAUACAUCCUACUUUCCGGGUACAUUUUUGUGUAUUCUUAUAGUAGAAAAUUGUUCGUCAAUGGCAAAUAACGUUUUCGUUAGAGGAUAAGGGUGUAUACAUACAUAAUGUUGUUCAUCAAUGACAAAUAAUUCUUGGGCA